UUCUCGAAAAAAAGGUAAGUGGGAAGACUAACAUCUGCGCAAGGAAACUGAGCAUUUUUCUCUCAAGUACGGUCAAUAUGCAAAGAAUUAAAAGAGGUUCUUACAAAUAAUCAUCUUAAACUUUUUGUUAUACUACAGAACACAUAAUAACGAUUGAUCGAUGGUCAUAGGAGUGGGGAUGGUGCAUAUGAGGAUGCACUUCGAGGAUUGGACAAUGCUCUCUCAGUUUACCGUGCAUAGUCUGAGUUUCAUUCGUGCAUAUUAGGGAUCGUUAACAAAUGAUAUUCACAAGUACGGUUAGUCCGUCGCUGAGAAUCGGCCUUCGAUUACUCUGCGCGUGGCCCGACAUGCGAUACGUCGUCGUUCGCCGAUUAGUUUUUAUGUUGAGUAUGAUUGUGAUGCAGUACUUGCAAUAUCUAUAUCUAUUUGCGCAUUUUAAACUUGACGAGCUACAGAAUCUCAUGGACAACCUGCCGACGACUUUAAAUUACAGUUUAUCAGCCGUCAAACUGAUGGCUCUUUGGACGAAUCGCCGCAUUGUUCGCGAAAUACUGACUGGCAUGGACACAGAUUGGCGUGAGUGCGUGAAAGUCGAUGAACAUUUGCACUUGAUGACAGCGAAAGCCAGUGUCGCGCACUUUUUUUCAAACGCUUUGUUGAGUUUCAACGUAUUCGCCGUUACGAUUUACUACCUAGCGAUUUACAAUACCGCGAUUACAAUAAUACAACAGUCGCAGGGGGGCAAUGAUACCACGCGACCGUUUCCCAUGAAGAUACUCUUUCCCUUUGAAGUUGAGCAAACGCCGAUCUACGAGCUACUCUUCGUCGCCUUGUUUGUGCACGCGAUAUUUAACAUGUUCACGGUUACUGUUGUGAACUCGCUGAUUUUUACUCUGGUACUUCAUGCAGGCGGACAAAUUGAUAUCAUAUAUCAAGAGUUUAAAGCUUUCUCCGAGAACGUAUCUUAUAGCGGAUCUUCUGGACAUACUAUAGGAAUAUUAAUCGAAAAGCACAAUAAAGUCAUCUCAUUUUCGCAGAAUGUCGGUAAACUUUUCUCCUUGGUAGCUUUGACUCAAAUUUUUUUCAAUACCGCAAUUAUUUGCGGACUAGGACUCCUUCUUAUGGCAUUUGGUAAAGAAGUUGGUGCCGAUCUGUUGAAAAUUGUAUUUGCUUAUGGUGGCAUAAUGAUGGAAGUUUUUCUCUUUUGCUUUGUUGGAGAAUACAUAAGCCUUAAGACUAAAUCACUCGCCGAUGCAGCGUACAAUUCCUUAUGGUAUCAUAUGACUCCUAAUCAGAGUAAAAAUGUAUUAUUCGUAAUUAUGAGAUCUCAAAAACAAGUGACUUUCACGGCAGGAGGAAUGACAAAUUUAUCUUUGGAAGUUUUUGCGAGUAUCAUGAAAGCGUCAGCGUCGUAUGUGUCUGUCUUGUAUGCAAUGUAUUGA